UCCCUGUCUUUCAUUUCAAAGUAGACAAGGCGAGGAAAAAAAAAUUCCUCCUUUUCCCCGUCUUCCCAUCGCUCGCCGGCGACCGCCAUGAACUCCGGCGAGCCUCCUGCCUCGUCCUCCCUCGGCAAUGCCGGAGAGGAGGAGGAGGAGGACGACUUCUACUGGGACGCCGAGGCGGAGGCCGAGCUGCAGGCCAUCGAGGCCGCCUACGCCGCCGCCAAGCGCCGCCGCCUCCCCGACUGGCCAAGCCCCAACCCGGUCACCGCAUCCGCAUCCGCAUCCGCAUCCGGGGGUUGUUCCCCCGCGCCGCCAUGGGCUCCCUCUCCUCCCGCUUUCCGAGGUAAUGUGAAGGCAAGGUACCAACCAGUAAUGUUCAAUGGCAGCAUAGUGUACUGCAGGACCCCUUCAGAAGUGGAGAAAGCCACAAGGGACAUUUUAUGCAAAAUUGAAACCAUGAAGGCCUCUGGCCAGGUUUCUCUUGGAUUCGAUCUCGAGUGGAGGCCCUUUCCGAGAAGAGGAGAUCCACCAUGUAAAGUUGCUGUAAUGCAGUUAUGCAUGGAGAGAACUCGUUGUUAUGUCAUGCACAUCAUUCACUCCGGAGUGCCACCUGUACUAAAGUCUCUUUUGGAGGAUAGUUCGUCCGUUAAAGUUGGAAUAUGUAUAGAUAAUGACGCAAGGAAAAUGUUCAAUGACUAUGAUGUCCAUGUACAGCCAUUGAUGGAUCUGUCAAAUCUUGCUAAUGCCAAGUUAGGUUUCCCUCCUAAAAGAUGGAGUCUUGCUUCAUUAACUGAAAUGGUCACAUGUAGAGAGUUGCCGAAGCCAAGCAACAUAAGAAUGGGAAACUGGGAGGCAUAUGUUCUCUCAAAGCAACAACUUCAGUAUGCUGCUACAGAUGCCUACAUAUCUUGGCACUUGUAUGAGGUACUGCAGAGUCUCCCAGACAAUAAUGUUGAGGUUGAAAAGGAGACAAUUACAGCAGCAUAGAUGCAAAUGCAUAAACUGAAAAGUGGGUUGUUAAUCUAUUUGAUUGCUCCCUAAUGUUCUGCAUCUUCACUUCUCAACCAGGGUUGAGUAGGGAUAUCUUCAUCAGAAGUCAGAACCAAAGCAGUAUGGAACCUUCUUGAACAUGCGUCAAAAGGCAGUGCGUAGGAACAUACCUACCAUUGUUGUAAAUUGUGCUAAGAUGCGAUUGCUGAACUUUUCAGCUGCUGUUAUCUGGAAAAAUUAACUGUGUACUUUUUAGACCGAAUUGGAAUUACGUUUUAUUUUAUUUUUUGUGAGGAAGAAUUUGAUUUAUUUUGUCA